GAGUCGCGCCGGUCGCACCCGGCACAUAGUCGCGCGCUCCCGCCACACGCGACUGCAAACUUCGCUCGCGACACACGCCUUCACCACAUGUCCAAUUGUCCACUACUACAAUUUAAAACGACUAUUCCUCAGACACUCGCACGUGACGACGGCACUGUCGCGAUACCACCCCGAACCGGGAAACGUUUAAAAACUCGUAAAACCCGCGGCACGUGCUUCAGAGUCGUAAAAUAAUCGUAAAAAGUAAACACACGUCGACCGGCCUUUAUCGCCGAUGAAACACAUUAUGACGCUCGAGUGACGUUUAAUAGGCAAUAAAAUUAAUAAAGUUAAUAUUCACUCAUCUAUUCGGAGUGACGGCGGAGGUCGCGUUAUCACGGCGCGUGGGGCCGCGAUGACAUAAGUGUUUUCUAACUCAGUGACGUUAGUGUCGGUGACCAAUCAGAAUGAACUCCUAUUUCGAGCAGGGUGGUUUCUACGGGGCCCAUGGAGUGCAUCAGGGCGGCGGUGGCGGCGACCAGUACCGCGGUUUUCCCCUGGGUUUGACGUACGCCCAACCCCAUGCCUUGCACCAGCCGAGGCCCCAGGACUCCCCAUAUGACGCCUCAGUAGCUGCCGCUUGCAAACUUUACGCGGGAGAGCAGCAAUACGCAAAGGCAGAUUGUUCCAAAGCGGGUGGUGAGCAACAAAAUGGCUAUGGAGGAAAGGAGGCAUGGGGCUCAGGCCUCGGAGCACUCGUGAGGCCCGCAGCGUGCACUCCAGAAGCGCGGUACAGUGAAUCAUCAAGUCCAGGUAGAGCACUUCCCUGGGGAAACCAAUGCGCGUUACCCGGAGCCGCAGCCUCAGCCCAACCGGUCCAACAUCAACCCACCAAUCACACAUUUUAUCCUUGGAUGGCCAUUGCAGGAGCGAAUGGCUUGAGAAGACGAGGGAGACAAACUUACACUAGAUAUCAAACGCUAGAGUUAGAGAAAGAGUUUCACACGAAUCAUUACCUCACGCGGAGGAGACGCAUCGAAAUGGCCCAUGCACUCUGUCUCACGGAGCGACAAAUAAAAAUUUGGUUCCAAAACCGAAGGAUGAAAUUAAAGAAGGAAAUUCAAGCAAUAAAGGAAUUAAACGAACAGGAGAAACAGGCGCAAGCGCAGAAAGCAGCAGCAGCGGCGGCGGCAGCCGCGGCCGCUGCGCAGGGGCACCCCGAGCACUAAAAUUGCGCGCGCGCUACCUACCAGUGAUACGAUCGCAGUCCGCCGAACAGUCUUUAGCUUGUGUUUGUAAAUUGUUUGUAAUUAUUUUCGUUAUUUAAGUGUUGUUCGGUUGUUGUGAUUAUUUUUUUAAUUAAUUAUAUUGAAUUAGACUCAUGUUUUUCUAAUAUCGAAGGAACAAUAAACUGUUUAAUGUUAGAAUAGAAACGGGUCGUAUUAUUUUGUGUUUCGGGUUUUGUUUUUGUUGAUUUAUUGAAUUUUACAUAUUUUAAUUCGCGCUUUCGUGGUAAAUGUUCGCGUUUGGAAACCAGUGCAAUUUUUAGAAAUCUCUUCCGUGUAACAUAGUGUAGGUCUAUUGUAGUUGGUUUUUCAUGAUGUGCUACCGUAGCGCCUCGACUUGGCAGCGUCGGCGAUGAACUUUGUUACAUUGUACAAAUUUAAUAUGCCUACCAAAGAGACCCGGUCUCGUACCCUUAACGCUAAGUAAACAGUCAUAAGUUAAAUCGUCUAUCUGCAAUAUCACAUCGGACUCGUAUAAAACCUUAUAACCGCGCCAUCUAAUCCUUCAAUACUCUCGCAUAAGUAUAGUGUAAACGUGGUCGUGUUCCUGCAGUUUUAAUAGUCGGUGAAGUUUAACAAAUUGCCAUAAUUAUAAGUAGGUAUUAUUUUAGCGAUUAGCCGUGUAAAUAGUUAGGGUUAUGACGAUGAUAAUGGAAGUGAGCGGUUCGCGAUUGCGCCGGCGCCGUGGAAUGAGCAGAAAAAGUUACAAGGGAGUGCGGACGAAUGCUUGGCGAGUGCGGGACGAGUCGGAGGGGAGCGGGCGCCGCCGGCCACCGGACAGGACUAGGUGGUCGUCGCGUGUAAUGCGUUGUCGCUUGGUAGGUGGCGGUAGAUGUUAGGGCUCAACGCGAGUGAAUGUCAGCGCGCUCCGUGAUAUGUCAUAGCAUUCCAGAUCUCCCAUUUUGUAUGCAAUAAAAUGUGCUCUGUAUGGAUUGUCGUAUUGCCGCUUGAUUUACUCCACUCGCCCGACUCGGUUUGACGUCGAGAGAUCAAGAUAUCAAACUCGACUGUCGAAUAAAUUUUUGUGCCAGCCCACACGAACGCUUAGGCAAUCGACUGCCGAAGAUUUAUUGUCAAAAUUUCCCGUUAGUAACGCUUACCGAGCACACUCCGCGUAUCACUAUUUCACAAAUAAAAGAACCAGUCGCGAUAUCAUCGUCGACUAUAAAUUAUAUGAAGCUCGUAUGAAAAAUACACGUUUCGAUGUCCGCUUAUUUAUCGCUUAGCUUGAGUUAUGUAUGCAUACGUUAUGUUAAUCUCGACUUGUUAUUAAAUAGACGUUUCUAUUAAUAUUAAUUAGCUUUUGUCAAUAUUUUAGGGAAGUUGUCUAAUAAUGUGAACGUUAGGUCGACUGUUAUAAAUAGAGACGUCGGUGUACAGACGUGUAUCGAGAGAAUGGAAAGGCGAAAUUGUCGAUAUCGACUGGCUGAUCCACUAUCGGUACCAUCGGGACGGUGGCUGUUCCACACUAGGAAUAGGUUGAGUUCCCGCGUUGUUCUGCCUCGUGAUAUAUUGUUCCGCAUCUCCCUGUAUAAAUCUUGAACGCCUGCUGAGGUACACGGGACACGCCGCCGCGCCGCAGCCUCGAGCUUCAAAUGGAAUUGUGUUUUUAUUUAUCGUGCGAAUUGUGCCCCACUAUCGCUCACUCGGAAUCGCAGUUUAUCUGCCAAAACGCGCAGUUGGAUCGAUGCAAAUUUAGCUCUUAAGUUAUUCUAUGCCUGUAUUCGAAUAAGAUGCUGUUCUCGAAUCUCACCUAUCGAAUUAAUUUUACAACUAAUUUCUUGAAGUACAAUUUGAAAUUAAAAAAGCUCUGCUUGUAAUUUUGCGUCCAGGACAGAAUUUUAUUUAAGAUUUAUUAAAAUUAGUGUAAGGAAAAAAAAAAUGAAAAAUGUACAAAUACCUACACACAUUGGGUUUAUCGGUAACUUGCCACAUUUCUGAUCUAAAAUGUUCCAUAUUAACCCAAAUAGUGGGGGGCAAAAUAAAUAUUAAUAUUGGUACCACGUUAUCUGUGCAACUUAUAUUUAAUGUACAUUUUUGCUAAGGUCUUAAAGGCUUUUUUGAAAAAAGGCUCCGUCUAAUCUCACUUGUCGUGAAUCUGUGCGACUCCUAGAUAACGUUGGAUACAGUAACGUGCUACCCAAUGUUACUUGUGUAUAUAAUUAUAAGUUUAGUAUGAAUUAAAAUUGAAAACUGAUGUACAACGUCUGUAUACGUUCAGAAAUUAAUUAAAAUUGUGUCUAUAUGGAAGAUUGCAAAGUACUGGCGUGACGUGACGUUAAAAUGAUUUAUCAAAUAUUAUAGUCUUAAAACUGUUUGUAUUGUAAAAAUAUUAUGUAACAGAAAAGUGAAUAGUAUAAAUAUGAGGUAAAUAAACGAACAUUUUAUAUCCUUUAUUUGUAUAAAACCGCUUUCUUUUAGAGCAAUCUGAAGUAAUAAUGUCUUUUAUAAAUAUUUUACAGAUAAAUGAAUGUCCAUAACGUUGACGUCACUCCUAGAACCUAUAUACGUAACGUGAAAGGCUUUAGUAUGAAAAUAUUCCAUUUUAGUCGAUAGCUUAACUUAUUCUUAGCUUACCUAUAGUCACUUAAAAAAUGACAAGAAUCAAAACUAGUUGUGCCCAGUAUACGAAUAGCUAUUAAAAUUAAGGAGUAAUAUAAUUUAUUUUAAGAUACAGUAGUGGUAAUAUUUUUGGAUUCCUAUAAACAUAUACGUAAUUUGUCUUCUUAAAUUUAGUGAUCGUGGAAAAUUUGGUCGUGAUUCUUUCGAUACUUUUAUUAAGUUAUCCAACGAUGAAGUGCCAAAUGCAAUUUCAGUGUAUUCUUAGCUAAUAUAUAUCUAUAUUUUUUAUUUUCAAUAAUUUAUAUUUUAUCUUUGGACCCUUUUAAAUCUUUAUAAUUUCGAUUCAACCGGUAAUGUGUUUGUUAAUAAAAGAAUUGAGAAUAUUUUAAUUAAGUUCCGCACAACAUUGUCGCCAAUCGCAAUUUUGACACAUG